AUGGCUGACGUGGUGCGGGCUGGUGGCGGUCUGGGGUGUGAGGUGGUGGCGCCGGAGCGCCAUGGCUGGAUCGCCGAGGAGGAGUCGGCGCUUCUGGAGAAAGGUUUGUUCCAAGAUGAAGAUUCAUGCAGUGAUUGUAGCUAUCAUGAUGAGCCAGGUAAUAGUUUACAAAGUUUUGUGCCAGAAGGAAAAACCUUUUUCCCAGAAAUUUUCCAAACAAGUCAACUUUUGUUCUAUGAGCGAUUCAGAGCCUAUCAAGAUUACAUUCUAGCUGACUGCAAGGCUUCUGAGGUAAGGGAAUUCACAGCUGAGUUCCUGGAGAAAGUCCUUGAACCAUCUGGAUGGAGGGCAGUCUGGCACACUAAUGUAUUCAAAGUGCUGGUUGAGGUCACAGAUGUGGACUUUUCAGCCUUGAAAGUGGUGGUGAGGCUUGCUGAACCGUACCUCUGUGAAUCUCAAGUGAGCACUUUUACCUUGGAGUGUAUGAGAGAGCUCCUUGAUCUGAAAGAACAUCGGUUGCCCCUGCAGGAGCUGUGGGUAGUGUUUGAUGAUUCUGGAGUGUUUGACCAGACAGCACUUGCAAUCGAGCACGUCAGGUUUUUCUACCAAAAUAUUUGGAGGAGUUGGGAUGAAGAAGAGGAGGAUGAGUACGAUUAUUUUGUCAGAUGUGUUGAACCUCGUUUGAGAUUGCAUUAUGACAUACUUGAAGACCGAGUUCCUUCAGGACUUAUCAUUGACUACCACAAUCUGUUGUCUCAGUGUGAGGACAGUUACAGGAAAUUUUUAAAUCUGAGAAGCAGUUUGUCAAAUUGUAGCUCUGAUUCUGAGCAGGAAAACAUCUCCAUGGUGGAAGGGUUAAAAUUAUAUUCGGAGAUUGAACAGUUGAAACAAAAGCUAAAACUCAUUGAGAAUCCUUUGUUGAGAUAUGUGUUUGGUUAUCAGAAGAAUUCUAAUAUCCAAGCAAAAGGCGUCCGUCCCAGUGGUCAGAAGGUCACCCAUGUGGUCUCCUCCACCAUGAUGACUGGUCUACUGCGGUCCCUGCUCAGGGACAGGCUUUGUGAGGAGCCUUGUAAGGAAGAAAUAGAAAUUCAGUUCCAUAGUGAUCCGUUGUCUGCUAUAAAUGCCUGCUACGAAGGUGACACUGUUAUUGUUUGUCCUGGUCAUUACGUGAUACAUGGCACGUUUUCCAUUGCUGACUCCAUUGAAUUGGAAGGAUAUGGUCUACCAGAUGAUAUUGUGAUAGAAAAGAGGGGCAAAGGAGACACUUUUGUGGAUUGCACCGGUGCAGAUAUUAAAAUCUCCAACAUAAAAUUUGUUCAGCAUGAUGCUGUAGAAGGAAUCUUAAUCAUUCACCGUGGCAAGACUACGUUGGAAAACUGUGUACUGCAAUGUGAAACUACAGGAGUCAUAGUAAGAACAUCAGCGGAAUUUUUAAUGAAAAACUCGGAUUUAUAUGGUGCCAAGGGUGCUGGUAUAGAAAUAUAUCCUGGGAGUAAGUGUACCCUGAGUGACAAUGGGAUCCAUCACUGCAAGGAAGGGAUCCUCAUUAAGGACUUCUUAGAUGAGCAUUAUGACAUUCCCAAAAUAUCCAUGGUGAAUAAUAUCAUACAUAAUAAUGAAGGUUACGGCGUUGUCUUGGUGAAACCUACCAUUUUCUCUGACCUGCAAGAAAAUGCCGAAGAUGGAAUUGAAGAAAAUGAAAUACUUAAAAUUCAGACAAGUGAAGAGACAGAUGCAGCUGAAAGAGUGGAUCUAGAGGAGCUGAUUGAAUGUGCGACCGGUAAAAUGGAGCUUUAUGCAAGCCCUGACUUUUCUGAGGAAGUCGAGGGAAAUUGUGAAAUUGUAAAUGAAUUAGUUGCUGCCUCUACACAAAAAGGCCAGAUGAAGAAGAAAAGGUUGAGUGAAUUGGGGAUCACUCAAGCUGAUGACAACUUAAUGUCACAGGAGAUGUUUGUUAGAAUUGUGGGGAACCAGUUCAAGUGGAAUGGGAAAGGGAGUUUUGGCACAUUUCUUUUCUGA